AUGAUGACCACAACGGAGGCCAGCAUAUUGUACAAUACAACGUUGGCCAUUGACGAUCCGAUGGAAAAGCUGAAUUAUCUGAAAAGUAUCUACACAUGGUUGAUACCGCUUAUGAUAAUUAUUCUCGCGCUAGCCAUCAUCGGUAACGGCCUGAUUGUAUUGUCGGCGCCAUUUUUGUCCUCACCGGUCUCCCCAUACCUGAAACUAUGCAUAAGUCUUGCCGCAGCUGACAUGUGGGCUGCUUCCUUGCUUAUCACAGGCUUGGUGGUAAAUUCCUACCUGCCGGUGGUGAUUGGUGUACAGAAAUCAUCAAAAUGUGUGGACGCGUGGCUGGAGAUGUUCCGGGUUUCGGGCAUGCUCACCUCAGACAUGCACCUGUUCGCUCUGGCCAUCAAUCAGUUCUUCGGAACCAUGUGGCCUUUGAAAUAUAAGGUGAUGGUGACGACACGUCGAAUACGAUGCAUUGUGCUCAGUUUGUGGAUUGUUCCUUUGCUGUUUGUGUUUUGCUGGUUCAUUUCUGGGGAAAAUGAUGGUUUACGUCACGAGAAAUGUCACAUGUUUUUCUACAACCGAUUUCCAUUCCGAAUCACGAUCUUCACCAUAUUUAUCGUGCCACUGUUGGCCACGUUACUCAUCUAUGGACUGAUUCUUUCUAAACUGCUUAAAGCCAAAGCUGAAUUUGAAAUGACCUCAGAAAGACGCACCAGUACACGUCGAUCGAACGUCCACUCAAAACUGAAGCUAGUCCGGACAACCCUGCUCAUCGUUUCUACGUUCUCGUUGAGCUGGGGCUUAUGUGUGCUAUAUUUUGUGUUGGUCUGUGUUGACGGAUGUCCGUUUACCUACAAUGUGUCACUCAAUUUCUACCUCGGCUUGUUUCUCAACUCUACUGUCAACUGUUUGGUGAUGCUGAAACUGGCGUCAAAUCCAUUCAUCUACACGCUACGAAUUCGUGCCAUCAAGAGCAGUGUGGACACUUUUCUAGCGACGCUUUUCCAUCGGAAAACCUAUCCAACACAUAUCACCGGCAAAACCUCAAACGCUCUUCUGGGAAACAGUUCCGGUGGAGUUUCCCCUGUAGGACCUGUCUACCCUCCGUUACCUCUUCCUAGUCGAUCUUCGGCUAGCAUCGAUUAA